GGCCUUAGCUAUGCGACCAUGGUGUGGCAGCGCAUCGGUACGCGUUCUUUUGCGCCGAUCCGGCCGAUUGAUUGGCCAAAAUUUGGUGCUAGUGUCUUACAGCCGCUAGCUAGCUCAGCACUUCAAUUGCAGCUACGACGCGACGCGCAGCUGUUGUGCUGUCGAUAGCUGGUCGAAUCGUUCAGUGGAAGCACUCCUUGCUCGCCAGCCGCUCAGCACUGCGGGAAGCUUCCUAGGUGUGCAGCUAGGGCACCACCUCAAUUAGCGCUGCAGCCGCAGUAGCAGUCGCAUAAGUCAUCGCCGGGCGUUCCUACGCCAUCGAGCUGGCGUAGAAACCCGAUGCGUCGCGCGGUGGUGACGAUGCUCUCGCUGCGCGCUGCGAGGGCGUUUUUGCGGCCCGCCGUGCGCGCUCCACUACGACGUAGUGUGCAGGUCUGGUCGGCCACGGAGUCGCCGCAGCAGCAGAAGCCGAAGAAGAAGAAGCAGCAGCAGAAGAAACAACAAAAAGUACAAAAAGGAGCCGCCACGCAGGCCUCCGACUCGAUCUGUAGUGCGUCCGAGGACUUUAGCCAGUGGUAUAGCGACGUGAUAAGACAAGCAGACAUGGUCGAUUCAUCACCAGUAAAAGGCUGCAUGGUGAUUAAACCGUGGGGCAUGGCCGUCUGGGACGGUCUCAAAGAUUCAUUAGAUAAAAAAAUAAAGAAGUCGGGUGCGCAGAACGCCUAUUUUCCCUUACUCAUCCCGAGAUCAUUCCUGUCCAAGGAGGCGGAGCACGUCGACGGCUUCGCGAAGGAGUGCGCCGUAGUUACUCAUCAUAGACUCAAAGGCGACGAGAACGGUCUCAUACCAGACCCUGAUGCAGAACUAGAUGAACCUCUGAUAAUAAGACCGACCUCCGAGACGAUCAUCUGGCACAUGUUCCAGAAGUGGAUCUCGUCUCAUCGCGAUUUGCCCCUAAAAAUCAACCAGUGGGCGAACGUCGUGCGGUGGGAGAUGCGGACGCGGCCCUUUCUCAGAAGUAGUGAAUUCCUCUGGCAGGAGGGCCACACGGCGCACGCUACAUCUGCAGAGGCUAUUGCCACUGCCGAAGAAAUGUUAGAUGUCUACGCGGACGUCGUCGAAAACGUGUUAGCGGUACCAGUGGUCAAAGGUAAAAAGUCGGCCAUUGAGAGAUUUGCCGGCGCCGACGAGACGUACACGAUCGAGGCACUCAUGCCCAACGGCUGGGCUUUGCAAUCAGGUACCUCGCACUUCCUGGGGCAGAAUUUCGCGCGGGCGUUCGACGUCUACUAUCAGAACAAGGAGGCCAAGAGAGAUCUGGUCUGGGCUACUUCGUGGGGGGUCUCUACUAGGUUGCUUGGGGCUUUGGUGAUGACGCAUAGUGAUGAUGCGGGGCUGGUGCUGCCUCCUCGAAUCGCGCCGGUGCAGGUGGCGCGCGGCGUCCUCCUAUGUCUGCGCGAUGGCGUACGCUCACCGGUCGAUCCCCGCGCAGGUCGCUCUGGUGCCCAUCGUCAAGGGCGCGGAGAAGGACCCCGAGGGUACACAGACCGUCAUGUCGUUGGUCGACAAGGUCGUCGACGAGUGCGAAGCAUUGGGUCUCCGCGUGAAAGUUGAUGAUAGAGAAAACAUGCGCCCCGGCGCGAAGUACUUCGAGUGGGAGCGGAAAGGGGCUCCACUAAGGUUGGAGGUCGGUCCGCGGGAUGCUGCCUCCAACGUCAUGGUCGUGGCGUCUCGUCUCGGUGGCGAGAAGCAGACUAUUGCCGUGGACGAGGUGCCUUCGUACCUCAAACAACGUCUGGACGAGAUGCAGGCGAAGUUGUUUGCGGACGCGUCUCAGCGGUUGUCUGAUAGGACCAUUGAUAUCGAUACUUAUGAGGACAUGAAGACAAGAAUUGCGAACGAGGACCUCGGCUUUUUCCGCGUCUACUGGAAGGCCGACGAUGCGAAUGAGAAGGCGAUCAAGGAGGACUGCGCCGCGACGAUCCGCUGCUACCCUUUGGAUGCUCAGGGCGACCUCGAAGGCAAGACGUGCUUUUAUAGUGGAGAGCCGGCGACGCACGUCGCGCUCUUCGCGCGGGCAUUCUAAUUCUUGUUCUUAGCC